AUGGGAUGCGCGAGCAGUAAGUCGUCGUCGCUGACGCUCGCGCGCGCGCGCUACGCGAGUUUACCCGGACCGGAACAAAAAACAAUCGUGGGCGCGCUCGAGCGCGCGGCGACGAGUGAUGCGGACGCCGCGAGGCUGUGCGCGGCGUUGGCGAACGUCGAGUGCGAACGCGCGGUCGACGUGUUUCAGCGCAGCGCGCUGGCGCACGAGACGUCGACGUCGGGGACUUUGGAACCGGUGCGGUGCGAUUGCGAGAUCGUCCCGGGGAGCGACGACGCCGAGCGGUGGCGUCGACGCGGAUUGGAGUGCGUGAAGCGAGGGAAGCUCGCGGUGGUGCUCCUGGCGGGAGGUCAAGGGACGAGAUUAGGAAGCGCGAAUCCAAAAGGGAUGUACGACAUCGGGCUGCCGAGCAAGAAAACGCUGUUUGAACUGCAGGGCGAACGGUUGGCCAAGCUCGGCGCGCUCGCGGGCGCGCGAGCGCCGACGUGGUACGUGAUGACUUCGCCGUUUACGCACGACGCGACGGUGGCGUUUUUUAAGUCGCGCGAUUACUUUGGUUUAAAUGCUCGAGACGUGGUGUUCUUCAAGCAAGGCACGCUGCCGUGCUUCACCGAAGAUGGGGAAAUCAUAUUGAAAUCUUUCGGCGAAGUCUCCGAGGCGCCCGACGGCAACGGCGGUAUUUACGCCGCGAUGGCGCGCGAAGGCGUCAUCGCGGACAUGCGGAAGCGGAAGAUCGAACACGUGUACGCGUACUGUGUGGAUAACGCCCUGGUGCAAGUCGGCGAUCCAACUUUUGUGGGGUGCUGCGUCGAGCGCGAAUGCGAGGCGGGCGCCAAGGUGAUCGCCAAGGCGUACCCGACGGAGCCCGUGGGCGUGUUCGCGUGUCGCAAAAACGAAGCCACCGGGGCGAAGGAGUAUCACGUCGUCGAAUACAGCGAGAUUCCCGAAUCUUUGGCCACGGCGAAGGACAAGAAAACGGGCGAGCUUAAAUUCAACGCCGCCAACAUCGCGUUGCAUUAUUUCUCAUUUGACUUUUUGUCGAGGUGCUGCUUGGACAUCGCGCUCCCGCACCACGUCGCGCGCAAAAAGAUCCCGUACUUGGACGUGAACACGGGAAAAACUAUCGAACCAUCGUCGCCGAACGGCAUCAAGCUCGAGGCUUUCAUCUUCGACACGUACAAGUACGCGAAAUCCGUGUGCGUCGUCCGCGGCGACCGCGCGCUCGAUUUCGCCCCCGUGAAGAACGCCGAGGGCGCGGGCAAGGAUUCCCCCGACACCGCCCGCGAGGCGAUAUUAUCCCUCCACGCGCGUUGGAUUUUACAAGCCGGCGGCGUCAUCGUCGACGAAAACGACGUCCCCGUCCCCACCGACCGCGCUCGGUGCGAAGUCUCUCCCGCCGUCUCCUACGCCGGCGAGUCCCUCGCGUCUCGCCUUCGCGUUCGCGUCGGCGGCGUCGUCCGAUGA